AUGACGGGCACCCAGGAGCCAGACCUGCAUGAGCAGCACAGAGGACCAACGCAGGAGGAAGGGGAUGAGGAGGAGGAGGGGGAGAAGGUGCAUGUGUCAGUUGAGGGAGAGGCGAGGGAGCAGGAAGAGGAGGAAGAGGAGGAGGACGAAUUGGAGGAGCUGCCGUACCCCACUCUUGCACCAGUGGUUCUUUUGGCUCUGACCCAGACCAGCCCACCCCGCUCCUGGUGCCUUCGAGCUGUCUGCCACCCAUGGUUUGAGCGUGUGAGCAUUUUGGCCAUCCUGCUGAACUGUGUGACUCUAGGGAUGUUCCAGCCGUGUGACCACACCCCCUUCUUCCUGCAGGCUCUGGAUGAUGGGAUCUUUGUGUUUUUUGCUGGGGAAAUGGUGGUGAAGAUGGUGGCUCUUGGGGUCAUAGGUCAGAGUGGUUACCUAGGCGACACGUGGAACAGACUGGACUUCUUCAUUGUUAUAGUGGGAAUGCUGGAGUACUCCCUUGAUGGACACAACGUCAGCCUAUCAGCUAUCCGGACUGUGCGGGUUCUCCGCCCACUGCGAGCCAUCAACAGAGUUCCCAGUAUGCGUAUCCUGGUGACCCUGCUCCUGGACACACUUCCCAUGCUGGGCAACGUGCUGGCACUGUGCUUCUUUGUCUUCUUCAUCUUCGGCAUCGUUGGCGUGCAGCUGUGGGCGGGGCUACUCAGGAACCGCUGUUUCAUGGGAGAGGAUGUCAAGAUGAGAUACAACAUUUCCUUCCUGAGUGGCUACUAUCGGCCAGACGGCACCGAUGACCACCCCUUCAUCUGCUCGACAGAAAGAGAAAAUGGGAUGCUGCGGUGCUCUGAUGUGCCUCGCCGCCGUGUAGGCGGGACUUUCUGUCUCCUGGGUGCUGAGGAGGCCCGUCCAGAGAUGGGACUUAGAGUAGAAGAACAGGUCUCCUGUGUGAACUGGUAUCAGUAUUACAACGAGUGUCGAGCUGGAGAAAUAAACCCACACAAAGGGGCUAUUAACUUUGAUAACAUUGGAUACGCAUGGAUUGCCAUUUUUCAGGUAAUUACUCUGGAAGGCUGGGUAGACAUCAUGUACUAUGUCAUGGAUGCACAUUCCUUCUACAACUUCAUAUACUUCAUUUUCCUCAUUAUAGUGGGCUCCUUCUUCAUGAUCAACCUGUGCCUGGUCGUCAUAGCAACCCAGUUUUCUGAAACUAAGCAGAGGGAACACGCCUUAAUGAAAUCAGAGCAGCGCGCCCGUCAGCUCCACCAAUCAGCUUCCACGCUGGCCAGCGACAGCCAACCGGGAAGCUGCUACGAGGAGAUCAUCCGCUACCUGGCGCACCUGGGCCGCAAGGCAUGGCGACGACUGUCCCGCUACUAUGCUCAGACACGCCCACACCUUCACUGCGUGUGCGUGUGCCAGAGAGACAGAGGCGGUGGAUCUGCCAGAGGGAGCGGAGUCGGGGAGAUGAAUGGACUCGCCCACCGGCACUCAGGCCACGCCCCCAACGACCUGUCACACCUUCAGCAGCUCUAUCAUCAUCACCAGAAUCACCAUCAGCAUCAUCAGCCUCAGCCUGAACCUGCUGUCAGUAACGGAGGGAACGUUUAUAACUAUCCCUUCAUAUCGCCCCUCUUCAGCCACCUGGAUGCUAAAGGCCGGGACCAGAAGAGGCUGGCUGCCACGGAGACCGUCAACAGACUGCCGCAGCUGGUGCUGGAGCACGGUGGGUGCAGCGGGCAUCCUGCGUUACUGUUGCCGGGCGAAGUCCCAGGAGAGUCCUCAGUAUGCCCCUACUGCAUCUACUACAACCAACUUAGGGACAGCGAAAAUGUUAAUGAGCAGCCUGAAGACCAGCAGCUUGGGUACAGCAACUCAUGCCAUGGCAACAGCCCGUGUCAUAGUAACAGCCCAUGCCGCUGUAGCAGUCCCUGCCGCGGUGAUGCACAGGUGUCUGAGCCAAAGAAAAGGCUGUUCCAGCGCUGCUGGGCGGGUCUCCGAACUAAACUCGAGCUCAUUGUUGGCAGCAGAUACUUCAACAGGGGAAUCAUGAUUGCCAUCCUUAUUAACACACUGUCAAUGGGCAUAGAGUACCACGAACAGCCGCAGGAGCUGACAGAUAUUUUGGAGAUCAGUAACAUGGUAUUCACAAGUCUCUUCAGCCUCGAAAUGCUGCUGAAGCUCCUGGCUCUCGGGCUCUUUGGCUACAUCAAGAACCCUUACAACGGCUUUGACAGCGUGAUUGUCAUCAUCAGUGUGUGGGAGAUUGUGGGGGAGGCAGAGGGAGGCUUAUCAGUGCUGCGUACCUUCCGUCUGCUGAGAGUGUUGAAGCUGGUCCGGUUCCUCCCUGCCCUGAGGAGGCAGCUGGUGGUGCUGAUGAAGACCAUGGACAAUGUGGCCACGUUCUGCAUGCUGCUGAUGCUCUUUAUAUUCAUAUUCAGUAUCUUGGGGAUGCAUCUGUUUGGCUGUAAAUUCGGUUUGCGACAAGACAGCGGAGACACUUUACCUGACAGAAAAAACUUUGACUCUCUGCUGUGGGCGACUGUCACCGUGUUUCAGAUCCUCACCCAGGAGGACUGGAAUGCGGUGCUCUAUAACGGGAUGGCCUCCACGACGCCGUUGGCUGCCCUCUAUUUCGUUGCCCUCAUGACCUUUGGAAACUACGUCCUCUUCAACUUGCUAGUUGCCAUUUUGGUCGAGGGCUUUCAAGCUGAAGGUGAUGCCAACAGAUCUGAGUCAGAUGACGAGAGACAAUCACUCUCUUACGAGGAUGAGGAGAAGUUGAGAGAGUUAUACGCUGCAGAGCUCAAGAUCCAGGCCAUGAUGCUGAGCCCCAAUGGUCUCCUGAACCCAAAGGCCUCCAUGCCCCUCCCUCCUCCUCCACCUCUGCCAGUCAUCACACACACCGCAGCCACACCCACCAUAAACUCCAGCCAAUCGCGGCGGGCGAGUGGUGCUUCCAUGGAUGUCAACAGCCUGGAGCAGAGGUCACCGUCUAUGUGGGACAGCGGGCCAGAGAGCCGUCGCUCCAGCUGGACCAGCAUCGGUCGAGCCCCCAGCCUCCACAGGAAGAGCCAGUCGGGAGAGAUGGAGUCCCUGUUGUCUGACACACACACGAGCUCCAACCUCAGCAGCAGGGAGCAGUCUCUGGACCAGCCUGAGUACCUACAGGUGCCCAUGCUUCACCCGCCCGACUGCAACGGCACCACCUUUCACCUCCCCGACAACUGCUACGACGAAGCUCCCCUGGCGACACAUUACCUCAGUGAUCAGGAGGAGGAAGAGAUUGAAGAGAGUUUAUGUAAGAAGCUGAAGAAGAUGCUGGAGCCAUAUGAGCCUCAGUGGUGCCUGGAGCAUGAAGAGUGGUCCCUCUAUCUGUUCUCUCCACAAAACCGGCUCAGGUUGUGGUGUCAGAGGGUCGUGAGUCACAAGAUGUUCGACCAUGUCGUCCUCCUCUUCAUCUUCCUCAACUGUAUCACCAUCGCACUGGAGAGGCCUGACAUACAGCCCAACAGCAUGGAGCGGGUGUUCCUCAGUGUGUCCAAUUACAUCUUCACUGUGAUCUUCGUGGGUGAAAUGAUGAUCAAGGUGUUAGCUAUGGGCCUGUACUUUGGAAACGGUGUGUACCUCCAGAGCAGCUGGAACAUAUUAGACGGGCUGCUGGUGUUUGUAUCGCUGGUGGACAUCCUGGUGUCCAUCGCGUCAGCAGGAGGUAAUCGAAUCUUAGGCAUCCUCCGUGUCCUUCGUCUGCUCCGCACCCUGCGACCUCUCAGGGUGAUAAGUCGAGCUCCAGGUCUAAAACUGGUGGUGGAGACUCUGAUCACAUCUCUCAGACCUAUUGGGAACAUUGUCCUCAUCUGCUGUGCUUUUUUCAUCGUUUUUGGAAUAUUAGGAGUCCAGCUGUUUAAGGGGAAGUUCUUCUACUGUGAUGGGCUCGAUGUGACUAACAUCACCAAUAAAAGCCAGUGUCUGGAGGCAGGGUACCGCUGGGAUCGACGGAAAUACAACUUUGACAACCUGGGACAGGCGCUGAUGUCACUAUUUGUGCUGUCAUGUAAAGACGGCUGGGUCAGCAUCAUGUAUGAUGGCCUGGAUGCUGUGGGAGUGGAUCAGCAGCCGAUAAGGAACAACAACCCAUGGAUGCUGCUGUUCUUCAUCUCUUUCCUCCUCAUCGUCAGCUUCUUUGUGCUCAACAUGUUUGUGGGUGUGGUGGUGGAAAACUUUCACAAGUGCCGCCAGCAGCAGGAGGAGGAGGAGGCACGGCUGAGGGAGGAGAAACGACAGCGGCGGUUGGAGAAGAGGAGGAGAAGGGCCCAGGAGAAGCCAUAUUACGCCGACUACUCCCCACUGCGUCGAUCCAUCCACACCGUGUGCACCAGCCACUAUCUGGAUCUCUUUAUCACCAUUAUCAUCUUCACAAACCUCCUCACCAUGAGCAUGGAGCACUACAACCAGCCUAAGUACCUCGAGGAGAUACUCAAGUACUGCAAUUACGUCUUCACGGUGGUUUUUGUCAUCGAGGCCAUUCUCAAGCUCAUUGCUUUCGGCCUGCGUCGCUUUUUCAAAGAGAGAUGGAACCAGCUGGACCUUGCCAUUGUGUUGUUGUCCAUCAUGGGAAUCACGUUAGAGGAAAUAGACCUGAAUGCAUCCCUGCCCAUCAACCCCACCAUCAUACGCAUCAUGAGAGUCCUGAGGAUAACACGAGUGCUGAAGCUGUUGAAGAUGGCUACAGGAAUGAGAGCUCUGUUGGACACAGUGAUGCAAGCUCUGCCUCAGGUGGGGAAUCUGGGUCUGCUCUUCAUGUUGCUGUUCUUCAUCUAUGCAGCUCUGGGAGUUGAGCUCUUUGGAAAACUGGAGUGUUCAGACGAGAACCCAUGUGAGGGUCUUAGUCGCCACGCUACCUUCGACAACUUUGGCAUGGCUUUCCUCACACUCUUCAGGGUGUCUACCGGGGACAACUGGAAUGGGAUUAUGAAGGACACCCUGCGUGAGUGUCGCCCGCAGGACCGCCACUGCCUCACCUACCUGCCCUUGAUCUCCCCCAUUUACUUCGUCACCUUCGUCCUGACGGCUCAGUUUGUGCUGGUCAACGUGGUCGUAGCCGUCCUGAUGAAGCACCUGGAGGAGAGCAACAAGGAGGCGCAGCUGGAGGAGAUGGAAGAGAGGAAGGAGAGGGUUGAGGAUGAGGAGUGUUCCCAUGGCAACCUGCUGAGCAUGGGACGCAUGCUGUCUCUCCCCAGCGACAGCUACGUUCAGCCAGUCAGAUGUUCCCCUCAUCCUCCCGUUGGCCACGAGGCCUACUCCGGCUACAGCUACUCAGGCUCCAUGUCAUCUCUGGGCUCCAGUGGAGGCGGCUCUCUGCUGCAGGUUCCAGGAGCUCUGCCCGUCAUAAGCCACGCUUCACUGGGAUCUGGACGCAGCUCAAGGCCGAUGAUCUGCCUCAGCACCUCUCAGAGCAUCGACAGAUACUCCCCACACAGACUGAGUCCAGCUGACAGCUGCCAGCAGACGUCCUUCUUAUUGGCUCAGCCCUGA